UUCACCCAGUUGAAGUAGCAAGCAGUAGGUUCUGUGCACAUCUCAGCCCGAAGUCUGCCAUGGCUCGGCUCUACCACCUCACCCUCCUCUCCGUCUUCUUUCUGCUCAUCAUCACCGGCCUCGUGGCUGCCGAUCCGUCCGGAGGGAAGGUCGGCAAGAAGGUGACCAUGACCGUCCAGUUCCCGCCUGCCGACUCGCCGCCGGGGGGGAUGAUCACGAUCUCAACGCACUACGUCCGCGAGGAUGGGGUGCACGACAGCCACGUCCAUCUCGACUGCGACCACCACGAGCCCCAGCUCGGUUCGGCCGCAAAAUACCUUGUCAGGAGCCUGGAGAAGAUACGAGAUGAGGAGGCGUCUCCAUCCGAGGCCUACAACAUGCCCAGUCAGUGGAUGGACGUCCUCUUUGAAUUGGUCUCAGGGAAAAUUAGGCGCGAUUUACUUUAUUAUCGUAGCAUUGUCUCUGCAAGGAGCUCGUUCGCUCGUGCGAACAAUCACUCGGUCUUCUGACAUUGGGUGAAGAACAGUUUGUGGAGUGCCCAUUCGGGAAGCGUAUCCUAUGGAUCAUUAUUUAGGCUGUAGUGAUGUGGUAGCGUGCACUGUGCAGGGUGCUGGAGUACAUCUGCCUUCAGUUAUCUCGUGUAGCUUGGAUUCCGUAGCUUAAAAUAUCUACCGUGUUCGUGAAAGAAAACAUCUUCUUGUUCUUCUGUUUAUGUAUUUCUGA